UAGAAACAUGGCACGUGCACGAUGGCACGUGCACGAUGGCAGCUGCAGUUAAUCAAAUAUGGAACUCCGUUAAACGUCAACCGUUUAACAAAGACUUCUAUAGCAUUUCAUCCCUUACUGCAAGAUUAACAGAAGUGAACAUUUAGUGAAUACCUGUUUGAAGUCUGAUGGCCUGCUGCAAAGGAAAGGGUCCACAUGAUCCAAGUCCAGAAGAAGAUGUGAUCCAAACACAUUAUAUCCUUGAAGAUCCAUGGAUUACUUCAGAGUCAGACCUACACAGGGUGUCUGGUCUUGCUCAAGUUGUCUGCAUCAUUGUUCCAUGACAGAGAAGAGUUUGGAUCUUUCUUCUUGCACAGUGACUCCAAAUCCCAAAAUGUCAAGCUGUGGAUAGAGUGUCUGCCCUGUGGGUCGACCUGACCUGUUUCUACCUCCUCUCCUCGUCAUCACCUAGUACCUCCUCCCUCCUUUAACCCUUUGUCCUUCCUUACCGCCUCCUCUCCCUUUCCUCUCUCUUUCCACCUCCUCUAUUCCUUGCAUUACUCUGUCUCUCAACCCCUUAUCUCUCUCUCCCUUCUCUGUUUCAUUUCCCUCCUGACCUCCCUCUCUUGUUUCUCCCCCCCUGAACCCACCACCUCCUCCUCUUCCUCCCCCCGCAGCACACAUGCAGGCCAAGAAGCGGUACCUGCUCGUGUCUGUGGGGGCCGGUCUUCUCUUCCUCGUCUACCUGUGGGGUCUGCAAAUCGGGGAGUUCCAGCAGCAGCCGUACCAGUAUCACCAGUUUCCCCAGUACCCCCAAUACCACCAGCAGGAGUACCAGUACUACCACCAGAGCCUGGACACGUACCAGCCCCAGCCCCUCCCCCAGAGAAACCCGUCCAGACCUCCCAGGCACUGGCCCGAGUCCACCCAGCUGCUGGAGCCGUACCUGGAGGGAGGAGAGCAAGAGGAGGACAGCCCUCAGCUCCAUCACCAGCACACCUCGCCCCGCGAACGACGCGCCAUCCGCGACAACAUCUACAAGAACAAGCGCUGCCGCAUGGAAACCUGCUUCGACUUUUCUCGCUGCCAGUCGGGCUUCAGGGUUUACAUCUACCCUCCGCAGAGAGGGGACGAGAUCUCAGAGACCUACCAGAAGAUCCUGACCUCCAUCGAGGGGUCUCGCUUCCACACCGCAGACCCCUCCCGGGCCUGUUUGUUCAUCCUGGCUGUGGACACGUUGGACAGAGACCAGCUCUCGGCUCAAUUCGUGCAGAACGUGAGGCACCGCAUCCAGAGCCUGCCGACGUGGAACGAUGGCAAGAACCACCUCAUAUUCAACCUCUACUCCGGAACGUGGCCGGAUUACACGGAGGACUUGGGAUUCGAGGUUGGCCAGGCUAUGCUAGCCAAGGCGAGCGCGGAUGCGGUCAACUUCCGGCCAAACUUUGAUAUCUCGAUCCCUCUUUUCUCCAAGGAUCACCCUCUGAAGAGAGGAGGCGUAGGUUAUCCCACGCUCAACGACGCACCGCCAUCCAGGAAGUACCGGCUGGUUUUCAAAGGGAAGCGAUAUCUAACCGGCAUCGGAUCUGAGACGAGGAACGCUCUUUAUCACAUCCACAACGGGGAAGAUAUUAUCCUGCUGACCACGUGUAAACACGGGAAGGAGUGGGAGAAACACAAGGACUCUCGCUGUGACCGAGAUAACGAAGAAUACUCAAAGUUCGACUACCAGGAGCUGCUCCAUAACUCCAGUUUCUGCCUGGUGCCCCGAGGCCGACGACUCGGAUCCUUCCGCUUCCUGGAGGCCCUGCAGGCGGCGUGUAUCCCGGUAAUUCUGAGUAACGGCUGGGAGCUUCCGUUCUCCGAAGUCAUCGACUGGGGGAAAGCCGCCAUCAUUGGAGAUGAGAGGCUGCUGCUACAGGUUCCCUCCAUUACCCGGUCUGUGGGCCAUGACAGGAUCCUGGCUCUCCGCCAGCAGACUCAGUUCCUCUGGGACGCCUACUUUUCCUCUGUAGCCAAAAUCGUCUUAACUACUCUGGAGAUCAUCCAGGACCGCGUGGACUCCCUGGUUUCCAGAAACCGGUUGAUGUGGAAUUCUCUACCUGGUGGUCUCUAUGCACUCCCCCAGUACUCAGCUGACCCCGCCCAGUUCCCUUUUUACUAUGCCAUGCUGGGUAAGAGCCCCUCGCCGCAGUUCACAGCUGUGAUCCACACGGUGACUCCUCUGCAGGCUCAGAUCUCCCCCGUGGUGAAGCUCAUCAUCGCUGUAGCCAAGUCCAAGUUCUGUGCACAGAUCGUGGUUUUAUGGAACUGCGACAAGCCUUUACCUCCUCGGAACAAGUGGCCCUCCACCAGCGUGCCUCUCUCUGUCAUCGAAGGACAGACCAAGACGAUGAGCAGUCGUUUCUUCCCCCACGACGUCAUCCUCACUGAUGCUGUCCUCAGUCUGGAUGAAGACUCGGUUCUCUCGACAAAUGAGGUGGAUUUCGCCUUCAUAGUUUGGCAGAGUUUUCCGGAGCGUAUCGUUGGUUAUCCUGCGAGGAGCCACUACUGGGACAGCUCCAGAUCCCGCUGGGGCUACACCUCCAAAUGGACCAAUGACUACUCCAUGGUCCUCACAGGGGCGGCUUUCUACCACAGAUACUACCACUACCUGUACACACGCUAUGUCCCGCCCAGCCUGCUGACCACAGUGGACCGCAUUUCAAACUGCGAAGACAUCCUGAUGAACUUCCUGGUUUCAGCCGUCACCAAGCAGCCGCCGAUUAAAGUCACGCAGAAGAAGCAGUACAAGGAGACCAUGAUGGGACAGGGCUCUAAGUCGUCUCGGUGGGCGGACCCGGACCACUUCGCCCAGCGACAGACCUGCAUGAACGCCUUCAGUCACUGGCUGGGUUUCAUGCCCUUGGUGCACUCCCAGAUGAGGUUGGACCCGGUGUUGUUCAGGGACCAGGUUUCUAUCCUGAGGAAGAAAUACAGGGACAUCGAGAGGCUGUGAAUGCACGAGGAAACACACACCACAUCACUGGCAGAGAGUAUGCGUGUGUUCCCUUCUCGAAAAAAGCUGCGACAAGACUAAGCUCUGAAUGUGAGCAUUUGUGAGGUUAUAAAGGACAACUGACAUAUGCACUGGAUAUAAAAAAAUGACAAACACCGGGUGUGGAUAAGACAUUUUACUGCAGAUUACAAGAAAAACACCGAUUCUGUACGCCUGGUUGAUAACAGCGAGUGACUGUGCAAACCAGCCAUCUGUGACCGUACAAACAAAUACAAAAGCAUGGACAAACAUGCUGCAGAGAGCUGGACAACACAGCCCGGACUACAGAUACACAGUGUGUUUUGCAUGGUUUGAACAAGACAUUUGUACAAGGACCUGCACAAUAACUAGAAAAACUCCAAGUCCCAUGUUUGUUGUUGAAACAGAGAAGAAUACAGUAUAAUGAAAAGAGAUUUAUAGGUUGUAUUUAUAUGUCAAAGGAUGCACUCUCUGAGGUGGUGUAUGUACAGUCGAACACUGUGGACUAACUGUAGAUUCUGGCUCCGGCUACAUGAACGCUGCUAUCCCUAAAGACUCAGCGAGAUUAUGGCAGUAUGCCACUUGUACACUACUGUAGAUUUUCAGCAGCAGUUCCAGUCUGUAUGAAGAAAACUAAAAUAAAGAGAUGUUAUGUUAUAAGACACGAGGUCA